AUUAAUUAGUAGAAUGGGAAUCAUUCUCAAGAAGUGUUGUUUUUGGAUUAGUUUGCGUCGUGGCUGUUAUAUCAUUGCCUUCGUCGAUCUUGUAUUUAAUAUGGCUCUAAUCAUUUUUGCUAAUGACAAACAUAUCACACACAUUGAACGCGCUAUGGCCAUUUGCCACUGCAUCGGAUGUGGCAUGCUGCUGAUCGGAGCUUUAGUUCAAUCGACGGUCCUUUUGGUAUUUUAUUUGAUCACCAGCCUGGUAAAUGUAGCUAUCCAUACGUGCAUCAUCGUAAUGGCCUCCAUUGAUUUUGAACCGAAGCGCCUUGUUGUAAUUCUUCCGGGCACCUUUUUAGUAUGCCUAAACUUGUAUAGUUGGGUCGUUGUCUACUCAUAUUUUCGAAAAAUCGACUCUGCUACCUACGAGGAAGGCGAUUGAGCAAGUUAUAAAAUCUUCAAACUUUUUUCUGUUUUUACAAUGCUUUGCUUGAAAGUAGAAAACAAGUUUGAGGAUUUUAUACUUGAUGCCCAUGUGUAUAUAUAUUUUAUAAGAAAUUUAAUCUUAAUAGAAG